AGAUUUUUAGGUAAAGAUUCCGUUGAUUCAAUGGAUUCAGUUGAUCGAGAAUAGCGUAAGAGAAAAGUACAAAAUCGCGUAAAUACUGUACGAUCUACGCGCAAUUAGUGAAAAAAAAGAAUUACCAAAUGGAAUAUAUCCAAAUUUAAGAUACACAGAAUAUAACAGCAAACAUAACUCAGCAUAGUUUUCCAUAUUCUAUACGCCAUUUGAAGAGUGGAAAGUGUUUAUUUCACCCAAAAAGCAUUAAAAAUUAAAAAUUAGUCACUGCAAACUCAGUUUAUGAGCCCACUUGUGUUAUAAGAAUAUAAUUCGCCGCCUCGUAAUUUCCUAAUGACUAACAGUUGUCGAGUGUAAUAAUACAAAUAAAAUGAUAAAAAGCGAGGAAGUUAUGGAUUCAAACAAUCACUCGGCCAAUCUUAAUGGCCUGCAUCACUCGUCACAUUUACCUCAUCACAGCAACAUUUAUCGCAAUCUGCCCUCGAACAUCUUAACCACACCAAAUUUCACACCUCUCACGUACAGUGAACAAACUUCUAUGCUGCGCAUGGCGCAGGAAUCACCUGAACUGCAAGAGGAGAAGCCUGACCUCAAUUAUUUAGAUCGCAAAUAUUACGCGACCAUGAUGACUCAACCGUCAGUUCAUGUCUCAGAGGCCGCGUCGUAUGGUCUUACAUCACUGCACACUAUGUGUGCCUCACCGAAUUCAUCAAAUGAAAAUGGCAUUGGCAUGCUGAUGCCGCCAUCACCCAACUCAUCACCACACAAUGAAGGCAUCAAAACGCCGUCGGAUGUUGAGCUGCAGCAUUAUGGGGCUACACAAAAUCGUGUUAUUGCCUCGAAAAUGGUGGACUUGGGACAGCAAAUGAAUCCGCAUUAUACGCCCACCAUAAAAUAUUGCACCAGUAAUACCAUUUUCAAUACUUCAGAGUAUUUGCCACACAACGACAAUGACCAUCCGCCUCCGCCUUCAGCAAUACCGGUAUCUGCAGAUACAGGCUCAAAUGAUCUUCUGACGCAAUCUUUGCAACGUAUACAAAAUGUCGGUAUGCCCUCAGUGUCUAGUGCGUCAGGUGUUAUAACCAGUUCUCAUAGUGUUUCUGGACAAUUGUGUGCCACAACUGAGACGAUGUCCUAUUCGAAUAGUUCGUCACCGGCUAAGUCGGUGCAUAGUAAUCAAAGUGAAGGUGGUGCGUUGGGACAACAGCAAUCCCAACAAACACAGCAGCAUAAUCAGCAGCAACAACAACAGCAACAGCAGCAGCAGUCAACUGCAUCAUCAACGCAGGAGCUCACACCGCCUGAUACGACGAAAAAAUCCGGUGCCAGGCGACCGGAAAAACCCGCGUUAAGUUAUAUUAAUAUGAUCGCGAUGGCGAUCAAGGAGUCGCCAACGGGGAAACUAACGCUUAGUGAGAUCUAUAGCUUUCUUCAGAAAAGAUUCGAAUUCUUUCGUGGUUCAUAUGUGGGUUGGAAAAACUCUGUGCGCCACAAUCUUAGCCUCAAUGAGUGCUUCAAAAAGUUGCCGAAGGGUAUGAGUGUCGGCAAACCCGGCAAAGGCAAUUACUGGACAAUCGACCAGAACUCCGCAUACAUGUUCGAAGAUGAGGCCAGUUUACGCAGGCGACCGCGUGGUUAUCGAUCGAAACUCAAAGUAAAACCCUAUCCAAACACAAACGGUUUUUAUGCAGCAACAUCCUAUGACCCCGGCAUGGACAAUGCCAAUUUCUAUGCCACACAACCGUAUGGGACAUAUGACUACGCCACUAGCAGCGCCGCCGCCACUACACCCUUCACCGAUGCUUGGAAUUCACACGCUGCCCACACGCAAGCCACGCUGCCGCAGUACUCAAACAUAGCCGCUGCCUCUUCGGUGCUGCACAGCAGCAACAACAGUGCCACACCGCCACUGGCGCACUCACUGACCUCGUCUGCGUUAAUGAACGGCUCUGGCAGCCCCUCGCACGUCACUUCGGCGGCUCUUCAAAGCUCAAAUCCUGGCAUGGAUUACGCGACAGCCACUAUGGUGGCCGCCAAUUAUCCGUAUGCAAGUACGGCAGGUGGUGGUGGGGUCGUAGGAGGAGGUGCUGGCGCCUCUUAUAACCUUGAUAAUGGCUUACGCUCAAUGACUCUAUCGCACAUGCAUCAACAACAACAACAUCAUUCAGCGAUGACGCCGCCACCGCCACCACUACCAUCCAGCUCAACGUCAAUGGGCAGUGCCACACUUAUUGACCGGAAACCCAUCUUUUUGCCCUCCAUGGCACCACCCUCGACGGGCAAUAUGUCCACGCCUCCACUUCAUCACCAACAUUUGGUUGGAAGCACUAACGGCGGUAGUGGCGGCUACUAUGAGCAUAUAAAGUUUUCAAAUUAAUGGCUGACUUAGAAAAUUAAAAUAAAUAUUAAUUAAUUACAUAUACAUACACACAUGUAUGUAUUUAGAAUUAGAGUAGAGCUUGUGACAUCACGAAUGGCAAUGUACUAAACAGUCCCUAAAAGGGUAAAUAACUGCUAGUUGAAUUUUAAUUCCUUUCAUUUUGUUUUGUUUGUUCUUAUGAGUAGAAUUUGAUUUUUUAAGAAAAAUGUGUAAGUUAAAUUAAGUAUAACGUGUAGCGUUUUAAAUAAAAUAGAAGUGAAUAUAAUGAGGUGUCUAAUGAUCAGAAAGCAUUCUGUUAUUUGCAUGAGGAUGACCGGAACAACAAAGGCCAAGUACACCAGACCAAUAAGAAGCGUUCCCAAGGCAGUCGGUUCUACAUUACCGGAACGACCGAGAUUUAUAUCCGUCCAAAGACUGUCAAUUCAGCAGCAUUCGUCGUAUAUGUAUGCGAAUUUUUAUGCUGAUAUAACAACAACAACAACAACUAAUAAGGAAGCCGAGAUUGGGUUCAUCGAAAUAAACUGGGUAAAGGGUGACAGGCUGGCUUUAAGGGGGGGUAGGGUCACAAAAUCGAAAUUUUUUUUCUUCACUCAUCUUAUAGUAAAUCAUUUCAAGAAUGUUGUGUCAAAAUUUUAAGUGGAUCGGAGCAGAACUCUCAAAGUUAUAGCCUUUGUAGGCACUCUACCUCGAAUGCGGAGCAUCGAUAAUUUCUCAGAGUCAUUUUUUCAAACGCGUUUUUCCCGAAACGACUUCUUAAAAGUCGGUGCCAAUCACAACUCCGAAACUAUUCAACCGAUUCUUUUCAAAUUUGGCACACGUUUUCUAAAUCAAAAAUACCUCCCCCCUACACUGUUUUUUUUUUAUUUUUUUUUUUUUAAGGUUGUUUUUCACUUACAAAUAUGGCGAAAUUUUUCGCCAAAAAUGCUCGUUUUACAUUUUUUUGCCACCAAAACUACAAAAAUGAAAAAAAAAAAUUUUAUUAAUGUAGGGGGGAGCAUUACGUCAUACUUUAACUGAAAAAUUCGACUUUUUUAGUUUCAGAUGAUUCUACGACGAAUGCCGAUUGGCACCGCAGAGCACCUCUCGAAAAACAUAUCUCCAAAAAAACUCUGUCAUGGGCUUAUUUGUCAAUAUUUUAUUAUUAAUAUUUUUUAAAAACUUAUUGAAAAGAUGUACAAUAACAUGCAACUGAUUUUAUUAAAGUAUCUUAAGCCAUAUUUCUGUAAAAAAUUCAAAAAAAAAGUGUUUUUUUUUAGCGCUAAACCCUAC